AUGGUGAGACGCCCAGCAUUCAGCCAUUCACGGCAUCCUGCUCUGCCGGCCUGCCCCGUCCCCUUCAGCGCGAGCUCGCGACUCCGCGUGCGACUGGAGACCGCCGCCAUCGGUCGAUUCCCCGCGGCGGCGCGGCCCCUCCCGCCGUUAUCCGCCCGCCCGCCGCACCACCGCCGCCCCUCUUGGUGCCGUGGUCGCGCCAUCGCGGCCUCGCCGAGCAGCACGCCGGCACCCUCGCCGCCCCACAGCCCUGUGUGGGGCGUGGCCGCGCUCCGCCAGUCCGCCGGAGCCGGGUGCGACAAGCAGCUGGCCGGUUCAGCUGGCGGCCACCCAGUCAGCCGUGCGCCGUGCGCUGCCCUGACCUGGCCCCUGCUCCUUGCAUUCAGCUGUAGUGAGAUGGAUAUCCUCUAUCAGUCUUUUUGCAGGACAAGGGCUGGGAUCUCAAGGGCUGACCAGUAUUAUGCCUCCUACCCAGCUGGUACUGAGCUACUAACUGACACUGCAAAGCUUUACAAGGCUGCAUUAGGCAAUUGUUUUGAAAUAGAUGAAUGGGGCCCAAUAGAGUUCUCCAUCAUGGCGAAGCAUUUUGACCGGCAAGGAAACCACCAUACGCCUACCAUGCUGUAA